UAUUGGUAGAAGACAGGGAUGAAGAAAAGCAUGCCAUUUACACACGGACUCUGCGUUUUAUUAAUAUUCUUCUUUGGAUUAGUGGAAUAGCAGUUAUUAGCACUGGAGCUUACGUUAAUAUCGAUAUGGAUGACGCCAACGUAUUGUUGGGACCUGAUGUCUACUAUGCAAGCAACGUCAUGCUCAUCAUUUGUGGAAUCAUUAUCGUUGUCUUCUCCUUCUUGUCCUGCUUUGACACCUUCUUCAAAAAGAGGAUCACAUUAUGUAUACUGACAUAUUGCUUGUGUAUCACUUUCGUUACUCAGAGCGUCAUCGCUGCAUUAUCUUUCACGUGGAUGAAUGAGAUCGACUAUUUUCUCGAUUCGAGACUGAAUCACUUUAUACAAGAGGGAUAUCAUCCAAACUUGAGAGGGACGUCUGCAUUCACUGCGUUGGACAAAAUUCAGGAAAGGUUCCAGUGCUGCGGAGCUCGAAACUAUACAGACUGGAGAACAAGUAAAUGGCUGAUAGAAACUAAUGACAGCUCAGCGAUUCCUCUUUCUUGCUGCAAAAUAGCUGUCAGUAUAACCAACUGUAACUUGAAAAAUUUACGUAAUAUUUUCACGAAGGGUUGUUCAGAACCGCUGACAGAGAAGUACAAAACGAAUUUUCUAACAAUGGGUAUUGUUUCAAUUUUAAUAUCACUCUUCCAACUUCUUUGUUUCCAUGUAUCAAAUUAUCUCAUGUUCAGACUUGAAUGAAGUUUGGAAAGUCUGCUGAAAAUUUUAGCA